AUGAACCCCUCGGAUAAUGAACCCCUCAACGUUGACGACCAUCGCAAACGAAAACCGGACUACGAUUUACGGAUAUGCACCUGGAAUGUCCGAACCCUAAAUAGGGAGGGUGUCUCUAUCCAGUUGGCGGAAGCCCUCGAAAAAAUUAAGGCUGAUAUCACCGCCAUCCAGGAGAUAAGAUGGACAGGACAAGGCUGCUCUAAGCAAGCAGGCUGCGAUAUCUACUACAGCUGCCAUGCGGAGCGGCGCGAAUUAGGAUGCGGAUUUGUUGUAAGCGGGAGGCUUCGAUCCCACGUCUCUAGGUUCACACCUGUGAGCGAUAGGCUAGCCACAAUCCGUAUCAAGGCACGGUUCUUCAACAUAAGCCUGAUUUGCGCGCACGCCCCAACGGAGGAAAAGGACGAUGCCAUCAAAGACAAUUUCUAUGCGAGACUCGAGCAAGUAUAUGACCGCUGCCCAGCCCACGACGUGAAGAUCGUACUCGGAGACUUCAACGCAAAGGUUGGGCGAGAAUCUGUCUUCGAUCCCACCGUCGGUCAGUUCAGCCUCCACGAGACCUCAUCGAACAAUGGUCUAAGGCUGAUCUACUUCGCUGCGGCGCGAAACAUGGUAGUUAGUAGCACCAGAUUCCAACACCUCAACAUCCAUAAGGCCACCUGGCUGCCCCCUGAUCAAAGAACGCGCAACCAAAUUGAUCAUGUUGUGAUCGACGGAAGGCAUGCUUCAUGUGUGCAGGAUGUGCGAACGUUCCGUGGAGUGAACAUCGACUCUGACCACUAUCUUGUCGCAGCCAAGAUACGCAUGCGGUUAUGCAAUGCGAAGAACGUGCGCCCCACUACCCAACGAAAGCUAGACGUCGCUAAGCUGCUAUCACAACGGACUGCCGAAACUUUUUCCGCUCACCUCUCGGAGUUGCUCCUCCACAAUUCUUUACCUGCAGACGCAGGCGGACUUUGGGCACAUAUAUCCCGCUCUAUGCGAGCUGCCGCUGAAAAAACCAUUGGGUUCCAACGCCCACCUAAACGAAACCAAUGGUACGACGAAGAGUGUCGCGAAGCUACUGCAGCGAAGAAUGCAGCUUACAAAAGAACUCUGCAGUCAGCUGCAACGCGGGCCGUGCGAGAUAACUACAGGGAAAAGAGAUCGGAGAGGCGCCUCUUCAGACGCAAGAAACGAGAACAGGAGAAGCGUGAGCCAUCACUCAAAGAACUAGAAAACCCAAACGGACCAAUACAAUACUACACCCCUGAAAUGUCUUUGACAGCUUGCAUUUGUUGCUCACUGCAAUAUCUGUUUUAUGAAGACACCAGAAGUGGUGAUAUAUGA